UGUCAGACAGCUGCUGUGUGUGUUGGUUGUGUGUGCGCGUGUGUGGGGACUGCCGCAUUAAUUUCUUGAUUUCGAUUUGGACUCAGAUUUAGCCCGUAGCCCCGCGAAACGUACAAAAUGAAACUGCCAAACGACACACUGGUACUGCUGCUGGGCGGGUGCCUGCUACUGAUGUGCGGCACGGCCCGGGCCUGGCACUCGGAGGAGCUGGAGAUCUUCGAUUUGGUGGAGGAGAUCAACAAGAACUUCUACGAGUUCAUGGGCAUCAAUCAGACUGCCACCAACAACGAGAUCAAACGCGCCUUCCGCACCCUCUCGAUUGUCCUGCAUCCGGACAAGAAUCCGUCCGAGGACGCGAACAUCCAGUUCCGGAACCUCGUCUCCAUCUACGAGGUGCUGAAGGACUCGUCCAAGCGGGAGAAGUACGACAAGGUGCUCAAGGAGGGCAUGCCCAAUUGGAAAUCGGCACUGUACUAUUACCGCCGCAUGCGCAAGAUCGGCUUGUACGAAGGCGCCUUCAUCCUGUUCCUGAUCAUCACCGUUGGCCAGUAUCUGUUCGCGUGGGCCGCCUACCUCGAGAAGAAGUACACCGCCGAGCAGGUGUUCGGCACCAAGCUGAAGAAGCUCCAGAAGAAGAAUAAAAACAUCGACAUGGAUGUGAUCCUCAGCGAGAUCCCCAUGCCGUCGCUCCUAAACACGCUGCCCAUUCAGAUACCACUGGCCAUCUGGAAUCUACCGAAGACCAUCAAGAAUGGCUUCAGCAAGGCCAAUGAGCUCAAGGAGCUGGCCCUGGAGAAGCGCAGACAAGAGCUCGAGGCCGCUCGCCGGCAGGAGGAGCUGGAGCGCGAGGCCGAGGAGCAGGCCCGCCUGCGCAAGGAGCAAAAGGAGAACCUGCGCAAGCGCAAGCAGAACAGCAAGGCACCGGAGAAGACAGAGGAGGAGUUGCGCGGCUAUUCCCGGAUCAAUGCCCGACAGCUGAACGAAGAGGAUGGCGUGCGUCCCGCUUCCCAGAAGAGCACUGUGAGCGGCGGCUUCUGGACAGACGAGGAUCUCACCGAGCUGAUACGCCUUGUGAAGAAGCACCCGGGUGGUGCGGGCAGUCGCUGGAACACCAUUGCCGAAUCCAUGAACCGCUCGGUCCAGGAGGUAACCUUCAUGGCGGCCAAGAUGAAGGAGAACGGCUACCGCAUACCCGGCCAGACGGAGAGCGUGGCCGAGAACCUCGUUCAGGAGUCACAGGAGGCGGUCCGGAAGGAGAAGGUGAAGAAGUCCGCGUCCGUGACUGCUACUGCGGCUCCAGGCACUGUCACUGCCAGCAGCGAGAAGAGCAUGCUGAUACCGGAGACCAACUGGACGCAGGAGCAGCAACGCGCUCUGGAGGCGGCCAUCGUGAAGAACAGGAAGACGGCCAGCGGCGAUCGCUGGCAGAAGAUCGCCAACAGUGUGCCGGAGAAGACCAAGGAAGAGUGUCUGGUGCGGUACAAGUAUUUGUGCGAGCUGGUCAAGACCCAGAAGAAGGCCGAGGAGGCGGAAGCCGUGGCCAAUGCAGAACUGGACGAUCCGCCCAACGAGGAGGAGUUACCCGAGGAGCUGCUUGCCGAAGAGGUGGAGCCCACGGCCGCAGCGCCAGCGGCGUCCAAGAAGCUCAGCAAACGCGAGCUGCGGCGCCGAAAGCAGAACUACUCCACCAGCGAUGAUUCCGACGCGGAUGCAUAUCAGUACGAGAUCAGCUAGUCGCCAUGAAUUCCCUGGGUACCCCAUCCUCCUCGCGUGGCUCAAAAAAACUUAGGUGUAAUAAGGAUACGUUUUUUUAAAAUAUAAUUUGCAUUAAAGAAAGACUGUGGCUAUGGAUCCAAUGACAGGGCUUCCAGUAGCAAGCCACGAUCACAUAUAUA